AUGAUCCGCUUGGUUUAUGCAGUGGGACCAAUGUUCCUUCUCUUCGGGCUCCUAUUACCCAAUAUUGAAGGGAAUAAAAAGGUUCGUGGAUCCCAAGGAGCGAUCCCUCCACCAGACAAAGGGCAGGCAAAUGACUCUGAACAAAGUCAGACACAUCCAGGUAGUCGAAAUGGAGGAAAAGGUAAAGGACAAGCUCUAGCGGCUGAGGAGGUGCUGGAGUCCAGUCAGGAAGCUCUGCAUGUUACCGAGAGAAAAUAUCUGAAGAGGGACUGGUGCAAGACACAGCCACUCAAGCAAACUAUUCAUGAGGAGGGAUGUAACAAACGUACAAUCCUCAACCGAUUCUGCUAUGGGCAAUGCAAUUCCUUUUACAUCCCUAGGCACAUUCGUCGGGAGGAGGGUUCCUUUCAAUCCUGCUCUUUCUGUAAGCCUAAAAAAUUCACCAAUAUGGUGGUCACACUCAACUGCCCGGAAUUACAACCGCCCAUGAAGAAGAAAAGAAUUACACGCGUCAAGCAGUGUCGCUGUAUCUCCAUAGAUCUGGACUAG